AUCUGGAAGAUCCUCUCAGUAUACUGUGCAGAUAAUACUAAUUAAAGGCGUGGGAAUCCUUCGGCGCUUGAUUGGAGGAGUUGUUUCUCUUCAUCCGAGAGAGCUCGUCAGGCGGUGCCGGAGACUGCGGCGGUGAAUACGGUGGAGAUGCCUUGAUCGAAGCAAACUGUGCCGACAAGGGGAUCUGCUCAUUUGCUGUAAUCCUAACAACCCAAAAGUAAUCCAUGGCGUUCUUCAUUUUCCGCCAUUUCUCCGAUCUGAAACUCCUUUCUAUCGUCCGAACUAAACUAUAUUUUCCGAUAUUCCCAAUCUGAUCCGAUCGCUUAAGAGGAGACUGAUUCAGAGCAAUUAAUUUUUGGUGGAAGUUUGGUCAAAGGAUAAUUAAAAAACAAGGUGUAAAAUACGACAAGUUCUCAGAGUUCACACCUUACAUGAUUCAAAGUCAGCAAUGCAGUUUUGUUAAGCUACUACUAAAAAAUGUCAUUCAAAAACAUUGUUCGCGAGCUGAAGGAGAUGAGAGACGUGAUCGGAAGCAUGUCAAGAAGAGGAGUUGAAGGAAAACACUGGAGAAAUUGUACUCGAUCAUCACAUAUUGCCCCUGAUGUACCUCCAUUAGAAUCAACAACCGAAGGCCAAUGGGCACACUUGCCUCCUGAAUUGCUUUUAGACAUAAUUCGUAGAGUUGAAGAGAGUGAAACAUCUUGGCCUGCAAGAACUGUUGUUGUUUAUUGUGCAUCAGUCUGUAAGCCUUGGAGAGACAUCACUAAAGAGAUUGUUAAAACUCCUGAAGAAUGUGGAAGGUUAACAUUCCCCAUCUCCUUAAAACAGCCGGGUCCUCGUGAUUCUCCAAUUCAGUGCUACAUAAAAAGAGAUCGAGCAACUUCUACUUUUCGUUUGUACUAUGGACUCACUCCAUCUGAAGAUGAGAGUGAUAAGUUAUUGUUAGCAUCCAAGAAAAUCCGAAGGGCAACAAGUACAGAAUUCUUGAUUUCUUUGGUUGCAGAUGAUUUUUCUCGAGCUAGCUCUGCUUAUGUUGGCAAAUUAAGGUCCAAUUUUCUUGGAACAAAAUUCAUAAUGUACGAUAGUCAACCUCCAAAUGAUGAAUCAUUUGAACCAAAUCACACCCGUUCAACUCGAAGGAUCAACACAAAUCAAAUAUCUCCCCGUUUAACAGCAUAUAAUUACAAUAUUGCCACUAUCACAUAUGAACUCAAUGUACUCCGUACAAGAGGCCCCAGAAGAAUGAACUGUUCAAUGCAUUACAUUCCCAUUUCCUCAAUUCAACAAGGGGGCACUGCCCCCACUCCUAAAUCCUUCCCACAUUCUCUCUCCUCCUCACAUUCAAUAAAACAAAGUGAAAAACCAUCUCAUUCCAAUUCCACUAUAAAAGACUCUUUAGUCCUCAAAAACAAAUCCCCAAGAUGGCAUGAACAGUUACAAUGUUGGUGUUUGAAUUUCAAAGGGCGAGUUACAGUUGCUUCUGUUAAAAACUUUCAGAUUGGAGCUUCUGUUGAAGAUUGUUACAAUGUGUCAAAUGAAGAAAAAGAUCGAGUGAUUUUACAAUUUGGGAAAAUUGGACAAGAUAUUUUCACUAUGGAUUAUGGGUACCCGUUGUCUGCUUUUCAAGCCUUUGCGAUUUGUCUUAGUAGCUUUGACACAAAACCAGCUUGUGAAUGAGAUUAUGAGAAUGACACUGUAGUCAUGACAUACAUAUAUGGAUUGGUGUUAUUUAAUCUCAUUUAAUAUAUAUAUAUGUUUUAUUGAAACAAA